CGAAGGCGGGUCCGCCAUAAACAAACGCGGCUCGGCCGCACGUGGACAGCGGAGGUGCUGCGCCUAGCCACAGAUCACGGGCUCCGGCGCUGCGUCUCCAGGCACAGGGAGCCGCCAGGAAGGGCAGGAGAGCGCGCUCGGGCCAGGGCCAGGCCCCAGCCGCCUCCGGCUCGCUCCCCUCCGCUGGGCUCCCGCUCCAUGGCUCCGCGGCCACCGCCGCCCAUGCCGCCCUCCGGUCCGGAGGGGCCUUGCCGCAGCCGGUUCGAACACUCGGCGAAGGAGUAAGCAGCGCCUCCGCCUCCGCGCCGGCCGCCCCCACGCCCCCAGGAAGGCCGAGGCAGGAGAGGCAGGAGGGAGGAAACAGGAGCGAGCAGGAACGGGGCUCCGGUUGCUGCAGGACGGUCCAGCCCGGAGGAGCCUGCGCCCCGGGCAGCGGCGGGCGGCGCCGCCGGGUUGCUCGGAGCUCAGGCCCAGCGGCUGCAGGGAGGCGUCUCGGAACCCCGGGAGGCCCCCCGCACCUGCCCGCGGCCGACUCCGCGGACUCACCUGCCUCCUGGCUCCCCAUUCCCCAUCCCCGCCGCCGCAGCCCGAGGGGGGCUCCGCGGGCCUGGAGCACGGCCGGGUCUAAUAUGCCCGGAGCCGAGGCGCGAUGAAGGAGAAGUCCAAGAAUGCGGCCAAGACCAGGAGGGAGAAGGAAAAUGGCGAGUUUUACGAGCUGGCCAAGCUGCUCCCGCUGCCGUCGGCCAUCACCUCGCAGCUGGACAAAGCGUCCAUCAUCCGCCUCACCACGAGCUACCUGAAGAUGCGCGCCGUCUUCCCCGAAGGUUUAGGAGACGCGUGGGGACAGCCGAGCCGCGCCGGGCCCCUGGACAGCGUCGCCAAGGAGCUGGGAUCGCACUUGCUGCAGACUCUGGAUGGAUUUGUUUUUGUGGUAGCAUCUGAUGGCAAAAUCAUGUAUAUAUCCGAGACCGCUUCUGUCCAUUUAGGCUUGUCCCAGGUGGAGCUCACGGGCAACAGUAUUUAUGAAUACAUCCAUCCUUCCGACCACGACGAGAUGACCGCUGUCCUCACGGCCCACCAGCCGCUGCACCACCACCUGCUCCAAGAGUAUGAGAUAGAGAGGUCAUUCUUUCUUCGAAUGAAGUGUGUCUUGGCGAAAAGGAACGCGGGCCUCACCUGCAGCGGAUACAAGGUCAUCCACUGCAGUGGCUACUUGAAGAUCAGGCAGUAUAUGCUGGACAUGUCCCUGUACGACUCCUGCUACCAGAUUGUGGGGCUGGUGGCUGUGGGCCAGUCGCUGCCGCCCAGUGCCAUCACUGAGAUCAAGCUGUACAGUAACAUGUUCAUGUUCAGGGCCAGCCUCGACCUGAAGCUGAUAUUCCUGGAUUCCAGGGUGACCGAGGUGACGGGGUACGAGCCGCAGGACCUGAUCGAGAAGACCCUAUACCAUCACGUGCACGGCUGCGACGUGUUCCACCUCCGCUACGCACACCAUCUCUUGUUGGUGAAGGGCCAGGUCACCACCAAGUACUACCGGCUGCUGUCCAAGCGGGGCGGCUGGGUGUGGGUGCAGAGCUACGCCACCGUGGUGCACAACAGCCGCUCGUCCCGGCCCCACUGCAUCGUGAGUGUCAAUUAUGUACUCACGGAGAUUGAAUACAAGGAACUUCAGCUGUCCCUGGAGCAGGUGUCCACUGCCAAGUCCCAGGACUCCUGGAGGACCGCCUUGUCUACCUCACAAGAAACUAGGAAAUUAGCGAAACCCAAAAAUACCAAGAUGAAGACAAAGCUGAGAACAAACCCUUACCCCCCCCAGCAAUACAGCUCGUUCCAAAUGGACAAACUGGAAUGCGGCCAGCUUGGAAACUGGAGAGCCAGUCCCCCUGCAAGCGCUCCUGCUCCUCCGGAACCGCAGCUCCACUCAGAAAGUAGUGAACUUCUGUACGCGCCAUCUUACAGCCUGCCCUUCUCCUACCAUUACGGACACUUCCCUCUGGACUCUCACGUCUUCAGCAGCAAAAAGCCAAUGUUGCCAGCCAAGUUCGGGCAGCCCCAAGGAUCCCCUUGUGAGGUGGCACGCUUUUUCCUGAGCACACUGCCAGCCAGCGGUGAAUGCCAGUGGCAUUAUGCCAACCCCCUAGUGCCUAGCAGCUCGUCUCCAGCUAAAAAUCCUCCAGAGCCACCGGCGAACACUGCUAGGCACAGCCUGGUGCCAAGCUACGAAGGUGCUCCUCGAGAGUGAGAAAUGGCAGUCUGCCUGCCUCGGGGACGCUAGUGACAGUAUAAAGGGCAAAGGAAAACUGAGUAUCCAGCCUUCACGUAAAUCCUGGCCACAUUUACCAACCAAAGGGGGACAGUGAUUUUCAAAACCAGCUCCCAUGUGCUGAGAACACCCCAGCUGCAUUUCUUUUGCAAGAUUCCUUUCCACUCCAUCCAGAAGUGAACAUUUGAGACGAACGGCCUAUUGGCUAUUUUCCCAUGCCAGUUUUGAAAGUGGGGAAAACUAUGGUGGAAAUUCGUGGGCUUGGGGACAGAAAUGCCACUCACCAACCAAGGGCAAAGAACACAAACCCUCCAGGCCUCAGUUUCUUCACCUGUAAAAUGGGGUGAAGCUGUGAUGUGCCUACUCCCAAGGACAUGACACACAGUAGGGGCCUGCCCUGUACAUGCUAGUUCAACAGAAGGAAUGGCCUUUCACCUUCUCCUGGUAGCAGGCAAGCAGAUGUCCUCUGCGGAGAUACCGCCAGCUCCCCAGGACGCAGACUGACUCCUGUUUGCUCACUGGACCAACCCCAGGCAGAAGGUGGAAGGUGGGGACGGAGGUUUAGCUGCAGGACAUGUAUUCCCAUUGCACCCAGACCUAACUGCCGCUCAGAGUGUAGACCGAGAUGGUGCAGAUGCCUGCAGUGCCACUAAAAUGUGGGUGAAGGUGACAUCAGGAUUAUGUGCCCCAGGCUGGGCUCAGUGGCUCACGCCUGUAAUCCCAGCACUUUGGGAGGCCAAGGUGGGUGGAUCACCUGAGGUCAGGAGUUUGAGACAAGCCUGACAACAUGCUGAAACCCCAUCUCCACUAAAAAUACAAAAAUUAGUUGGGCACGGUGGUGAGCACCUGUAAUCCCAGCUACUCUGGAGGCUGAGACAGGAGGAUCACUUGAACCCGGGAGGCGGAGGUUGCAGUGAGCUGAGAUCACAUCACUGCACUCCAGCCUGGGUAACAGAGUGAGACUGUCUCAAAAAAAAAAAAAAAAAAAAAAAGGAUGAUGUGCCCCAGAAAAGAAGCACACUAGCCCUUGCUUAAAGAGGAAGGAAUUAAAGAAGAGAGCUCUUGGAAGUUCCCCCACCCCUCUCUCGAGGCAGGUAGGGCUCUGCUCAUUCUGGGCCUCAUCCUGCUUUUUAUGCAAAUCCUAGGAAUCUCUUGCUCUGUAUUGUGACUUGAGGCUGAGAUAACAUUUCUUCCCAAAUCUGAGAAGAGAGAUAGAUUACGGGAGAAUGCCACCUUUCUGGAAAUCACUAGGACAUGUUUUUUCAGAAGUAGCUAACUUAGAAAAGACCAUAUUGGCGACCAGGGCCAGGCUCCCUGCCUUUUGACCUGGCCUGUCUCAGGAGCCACUGAUCCCUUAGAUUUGCAUCUGCCAUACCCAUGAACAUCUUGGGUCCCUCAUAUAACCAAGGAAGGGAUCUCCAGAACAUCCAAGCAAAGGAAGACAAAACAAAGGGUUUUGAUAACAGCUGAAAAUAUUACCCACUUGAGAUUGACUUGAAUUUGUGUGUCGGAAGCUGGCUAAUGCUGUCACAUGGUAUUUGACUUUUACCACUAUUUUAAAAGUGAAAGAGGUUAACAAUCUCCUUAUCACACACUUGAUAAAAAGUAGACCAAAGGUGCUAAUUUGAGGCAAUUUGCGAUCAGCUUCCUAGUCUUUUUGGUAUUAAAGGAAGACAAAUGUUGCCAUAUAGUGUUUAAAAACAAACAAAGACAAAAACAAAACAAAAAAACACAAGCCAGGGAGCUACUUAAUGUCAGGCACCGGACUGAGUAGAUGGGAGUGGUUAUUUUUCAUUAUGACACGGCGAAACCGAUCAGGGUGGUUACCACCCCUCUCCACUGACGGACGGGCAGAAGAAAUCAGGGCAGACAGGGGCCCUCCAACACCAGGGCCCCUGGUGGCCUCUAGACCUCUGCCGUCCACCCAGGUAGCCACCAACCCCGUGUG